CCCUCUCUCUCUCUCUCUCUCUCUCUCUCUCUCUCUCAGACACACACACAGAUACAUACCCAUUUUCAGUCAUAUAUUCGAGAAGAACUUCUAAGUAAUAAGCAAAGGAGGGUGAGCAAACAAUGCUAUCUGUGGCAUCUGUUGAAACCCAAAAGCGGCCUGAUCUCUCUUCCACAGUCCCUCCCACAACAAACCCAUCUUCUGCCUCCCAUGUUUUUAGAUCAAAGUUGCCAGAGAUACCCAUCUCCAACCACCUCCCUCUCCACACGUACUGUUUUGAGAGGUUCUCAGAUUUCGCUGACAGAACCUGUCUCAUUGUAGGCAACAAUGGUAAAUCCUACUCUUUCACCGAAACAUAUAUCAUUUGCCAAAAAGUAGCAGCUGGGCUAUCCAAACUCGGCAUCCAAAAAGGCGAUGUUAUCAUGCUUCUCCUUCAGAACUGUGCCGAAUUCGUAUUUGGAUUCAUGGGUGCUUCAAUGAUCGGUGCAAUUACCACCACUGCAAACCCCUUUUACACUUCAGCCGAAAUAUUCAAACAAUUCAAUGCUUGCAAAGCCAAACUGAUCAUUACCCAAUCCCAGUACGCCGACAAGCUUCGUGAUCAUGGUGGUGAGAAUUAUCAAAAACUUGGUGAAGAGUUCAGAGUGAUUACAGUUGAUGAUCCACCAGAGAAUUGCCUCCAUUUCUCAGUACUUUCUGAGGCCAAUGAAAAUGAAGUCCCAUCAGUUUCUAUAGAUCCCAACGACCCAGUAGCCCUACCAUUCUCAUCAGGGACAACAGGACUACCGAAAGGUGUGAUCUUGACCCACAAGAGCUUGAUCACGAGCGUCGCUCAACAAGUUGAUGGCGAGAACCCUAACCUGUACUUGAAGGCAGACGAUGUAGUUUUGUGCGUUCUUCCACUAUUCCACAUAUUUUCAUUAAAUUCUGUGCUUUUGUGUUCUCUAAGAGCCGGGGCUGGAGUCCUUAUGAUGCACAAGUUUGAGAUAGGAGCUCUGCUGGAUCUGAUACAAAGGCACCGCGUGUCGGUGGCAGCGGUUGUGCCACCGCUGGUCCUGGCGUUGGCUAAGAAUCCGAUAUUGGAGUCGUUUGACUUGACCUCUAUUCGCAUGGUGUUGUCCGGGGCUGCACCACUAGGAAAGGAGCUGGAGGAGGCUCUCCGGAGCAGACUCCCCCAGGCUACUUUUGGUCAGGGUUACGGCAUGACUGAAGCCGGGCCAGUGCUAUCAAUGUCCCUAUCAUUUGCGAAGCAACCUUUUCCUACCAAGUCUGGCUCAUGUGGCACCGUCGUCCGGAAUGCCGAGCUCAAGGUUGUUGAUCCUGAGACGGGUUGUUCCCUUGGCCAAAACCAACCCGGCGAGAUAUGCAUCCGCGGACAUCAAAUCAUGAAAGGAUACUUGGACGAUGCCGAGGCCACGGCCAGGACCAUCGAUGUGGAUGGGUGGCUCCACACUGGUGACAUAGGUUAUGUGGACGAUGGCGAAGAAAUUUUUAUUGUUGACAGAAUGAAAGAACUUAUCAAAUUCAAAGGUUUUCAGGUGCCACCAGCCGAGCUCGAGGCACUUCUUGUGACCCACCCACACAUUGCAGAUGCUGCUGUCGUUCCGCAAAAAGAUGAUGCUGCUGGUGAAGUUCCGGUUGCAUUUGUAGUUCUGUCAAAUGGAUUCGAAUUUGAACUGACAGAAGAAGCUGUUAAAGAAUUCAUUGCAAAACAGGUGGUGUUUUACAAGAGACUGCAUAAGGUAUACUUUGUUCAAGCCAUCCCAAAGUCUCCUUCAGGCAAAAUUUUAAGGAAAGAUCUGAGAGCUAAACUGGCCACAGCCUCCACCCUGUCCUAAAAUUCUUUCUGAUUAUGUUGUGUUUGUGUAAGGUCUAGCUAGACACCUUCUGUCUUAAUUUCAUGGCAUUAAACUGGUGUGAAACAAAUAGGGAAGACAAUGCAAUAUGAACUUACCCAAGUCUCUGAUGAUUGAAAUUGUCUCAGACCAUGUUUCUUUUUCCCUUGGGUUGAAUGUAAUUUUGAUUUGUAUUUAUUUAAUCCAUUUUUUUGUAAUAAUUGGAAGUAAAAUGCACUUCCAAAAUUCCCUUUUGUUGGUUGUAUCAUAUAUAUUUUAGCAUCUUAAUUGAUAUAUGCUAUCAAAAUGG